GCCGGGAAAGUUGCGAGGCGCUGAGGCGGGCGGCGGCGGCACCGGCGGCGGGGCGGGCGCGGAGCGGAGCGGAGCGGCCACGGCGGCACCAUGGACGACUUGGACGCCUUACUGGCAGACCUGGAAUCUACCACCUCACAUAUCUCCAAGAGACCAGUGUUUCUAACAGAAGAAACCCCUUACUCCUAUCCAACUGGAAACCACACGUACCAGGAGAUUUCUGUGCCACCCCCAGUGCCCCCACCGCCUUCCAACGAGGCCCUGAAUGGCACCGUGAUUGACCCCUUAGACCAGUGGCAGCCCAACGCACCCAGAUACCCCCACCAGCAACCUCAGUCCCAGUCUCCUAUAUACAGCUCCAGUGCCAAAAGCUCCAGCUCCUCCGUUCCUAGAGACGGGCUUAGCUCUCCUUCGCCCCGUGCCAGUGAAGAGGAACACGUCUACAGUUUCCCGAACAAGCAGAAGUCUGCAGAACCAUCUCCCACAAUGACCAGCUCCUCUCUGGGCAACAACCUCUCAGAACUGGACAGACUUCUUCUGGAACUGAAUGCUGUUCAACACAAUCCUGCCAGUGGCUUCCCAGCAGAUGAAACCAGCAGAAGCCCAUCACUGCCCAGUGUGACUGGACCUCACUAUGUGAUCCCAGAGGGCAGCAGCCCUGUGGGAGGGAAGGCUGCACCCCCCACUAAAGAGAAGCCCAAGCGAAAUGGUGCGCGAGGGAUCGAGGAUGUGCGUCCCAGCGUGGAGAGCCUGCUGGAUGAGCUGGAGAGCUCUGUGCCCAGUCCAGUGCCUGCAAUCACUGUGAGCCAAGGGGAAGUGAGCAGCCCCCAGCGGGUCACCGCCAGUCAGCAGCAGACACGUAUAUCUGCUUCUUCAGCCACACGAGAACUGGAUGAGCUGAUGGCAUCUCUCUCUGACUUCAAGUUCAUGGCCCAGGGAAAGGCCGGGAGCAGCUCCCCUCCGUCCACAGCCUCCAAGCCUGGCAGUCAGCUGGACACCAUGCUGGGAAGCCUCCAGUCUGACCUGAACAAACUGGGUGUAGCUACAGUUGCCAAAGGUGUCUGUGGAGCCUGCAAGAAGCCUAUUGCUGGGCAGGUGGUUACAGCCAUGGGGAAGACCUGGCACCCCGAGCACUUCGUCUGCACCCACUGCCAGGAGGAGAUCGGGUCACGGAACUUCUUUGAGCGGGAUGGGCAGCCCUACUGCGAGAAGGACUACCACAACCUCUUCUCACCUCGCUGCUACUACUGCAACGGGCCCAUCCUCGAUAAAGUGGUGACGGCUUUGGAUAGGACAUGGCACCCUGAACACUUUUUCUGUGCCCAGUGUGGAGCUUUCUUCGGCCCUGAAGGGUUUCAUGAGAAGGAUGGCAAAGCCUAUUGCCGCAAGGACUACUUUGACAUGUUUGCUCCCAAGUGUGGAGGCUGUACCCGGGCUAUCCUGGAAAACUACAUCUCUGCCUUGAACACCCUGUGGCACCCCGAGUGCUUUGUCUGUCGGGAAUGUUUCACACCCUUCAUCAACGGCAGCUUCUUUGAGCACGACGGGCAGCCCUACUGCGAGGUGCAUUACCAUGAGCGCCGCGGCUCGCUCUGCUCCGGGUGCCAGAAGCCCAUCACAGGACGCUGCAUCACUGCCAUGGGCAAGAAAUUUCACCCUGAACACUUUGUCUGUGCCUUCUGCCUCAAGCAGCUCAACAAAGGAACCUUCAAAGAACAGAACGACAAGCCUUACUGCCAGAACUGCUUCCUCAAGCUCUUCUGUUAGAGGCACCAUAGACGGGCGCUAAAGCAUCUUUCUGCCACCCCCUUGGCAGUUCAGUCUCUCUGAACGUUACUGUGAUUUAGAAACCUUACCAGGCAGGGGAGGAGGGUGGGGGGUGGGGGUGCUUGCUGCUGCCCUGCAGAGGCAGUAGAUCCAGACAUGAGAUGGACCAUUAAACUGGAAAUGCCCUUGCUGUGUCUCAGUAGAGAGAGGCCGAGUCCUCUCAUGCGUGUGGUGUCUGUGGGUGUGACCGACAGCUGAGCUCCGCUCCAGGGCUCCAACAGGGAGCUUUUCCCCAGCCCCCUCCUGGCAGGAGGAGUCUUUGCCGGUAGUUUCAGCCAGUGUCAGCUCGCAGACAGCACAGCCCUCGGCUUUGACACCUUUCUCAGGCCGUUGCCGCAGUGUGAGCAGGAGCACAUAGGGCUCAGUGCUCCCAGUGCCAUCCCAGCUCCCCUCACACGAGCUGCGUGGCCUGUGUAACUGAGACAGCGUCAGCACAGGCAGCCAGGCCCUGCAAGGGUCUCUCCAGUUCCAUUACACUGUAAGGAGAUUAUACCACUUUUUUUUUCUUCUUUUGUUUUUUUUAAGAGGAAUCCAGAUGUCACUGUGUGGGGUGGUGGGUUUUUUCCUUAGUUUGUUAUUCCCUGCCUUUUCUCAGCACACUGGAGCAGGAGGUGGCGUGAGCCCCAACCAUCCCUUGGCACCACCUGUGCCAGCACCCAGUCCUGCUCAGGGCCUCUGCUCCCCUUGUCUACUCCCAGGAGAGAGGAAAGGGCAUGGUCCCUUCUUUAAAAGCAGGUGCUUUAAGGGAGGUUAGAGCACAGCCUUUGCCAUCCACCCCUGUCAUGAGCAAGUGUGACGUGUGUGUGUUUGACCUGAAACUGUCACAGAGCAGGGAGAAGGGAGGGAUUUAAGAAGCAGGAAAAAAAAAAAGAUCCAAACUUUAUAUCCUUUCUCCUUCCUGUCACUGCUAAUGAGACCUGUCAGCCUCUUGGUAUUUCCCUUUUCUAUGCUCUUGUUAAACAUGUUCUACUGAGAGAUGCUACAGCAAUAACCUUUUAUAUGACUGUUACUGGUAUAACAAGUCCCUUGGGCCCGGUGUGUGAGACACACUUGGGAGUUUUACUAUCAAAGUGAAUACUGUAUCCUGUCUUUGAUAAGAACUGUACAUUUCUACACUGAUUUUGGAUUCAUAGCUCAUUUACUUUUAAUCGUCUUAUACAGAAACCUGUUUUGAAGUGAUUUUAAGAAAGCAACUUUUCUAUCAAGCUAUGCUGUUCCAGGCAGUGUGCCAGUUGUGCUGGUGUGCUGCCUCUGUAACCUCAACGCUUUGUUCAGCCAAACUAACGUGGAGUAUUUGCCUUUUAUUGCGGGUGGGGAGGGGCUGGAGUCUGUGGGGAAGGGAAUGGGACUUGCAUAUUUUUUCCUAGCCCAGGCAGGUGAACUGUGGAUAGUGCUUUUCAUUUUUUAUUCCUUUUGUUUUGUUUUCCUCCUCUGGGUCACCUAAAAGUGUAUGUUUUGGGUUUUACUGUAACCUGUAAACUGCUGUAUUUGAAUCACCUGCCGUUCUCCCAAAGCCCAGCUUCCAGGCUGUUACAGGGAGUCUGAACAGGAUGCUGCAGGGGGAAAGAGCUCAGACCUUUGCCCUCGGGUUCUCUUCAGCCACUUGCAACAAGAGCAGGGCUGAUUAGGGAAGGGAGUUCCUUUGCUCCCAUAGAAGAAGCGUCUUGUGACUAAGGAGAAGAACUUGGGAGAGACAGACUCUGUUCCUGACUAGCUGUGUAACCUUGGGCCAGUCACUAAACCUUACUGUGCCUCAGUUUCCCCAUCUGUAAAAUGGGGGCAAUUUAGCCUGGAUGUGUGAGGUUAUCUUGAGGCUUAGUUCACAUUUGCUAAAGCACUUUUAGGUCCUGGCAGGAGGAUGCUAUGGAAGGUGAAAUAUUACGUGACUAUACCCCAUGGUGCUGUGUGGGAGCAGCUGCAGCAGCUGGGGCGAGGUUUGGGAUGCUACAGCAAUAUCACCAUCCCCAGCUUGGCAGGUGCAUUAGGGGUCCAGGGACAACCCUGUCAGGAACCAACCUGACCUUAGGCUGGAGGCUGUGUGUUGCUGUUCUGCCUGACCCUGCUUGGGUCACCACAGCUGAUUUUCAGUGAUUUCCCCAUACAAAAGAAGCUGAGUUAGUGGUUGUGAGGCUGAAGGGAGCUGUGGAAGCACUAGAGCUGAAACUGUGUCAGCUGGGCUGGGCACAGCUCUGGGGCAGUUGGUGAAGCAAGAAACCUUACCCAUUGUCUCUUUAGCUUUUAAAUCAAUUUGACUCUUAGCUGCAUGUACUCACCUGGCUGAGCAGGUCAGAAAGCUGUGGGGGGGGUCCUGGAGCAGGGUGUGACGAUGUUUCUGGCACUACUGCUUGUUGUGUGACACCUGCAAUCACGUGCCUCAGUUUCCCUGCCUGGGGAGCCUUUAUCCUACCUCACCGCUAGUUGAGGCUUGAGUAAGGGAUGCUUCUGGCACGUGUGGCAAACCUCGUGCCCAGGGUGCCGGGGAGGGGUGCUGGCGGUGGCGCCCCGCACGCUGCUGGGCUUCCUGGGCUUUGACGUGCUCCACAGACGCCAUUCCACCAAACAACGCCGGUGGCUGGCUGCUGCCGCCGCGGGAGCCCGAAACGCCGGCUCUGGGCUGUGAGAGGCAGUUUGGGGGCAGCAAAGCCGCGGCCCGGGACGGGAGUGGGGGGGAGGGCUGGGGCUGGUGCCGGGCCGAGUGGUACCCCGGGGGAAGGCCGGGCCGGGCCGGGGCCGCUCCGCUGGCAGCUGUUCGCGGUGUGUUCUCCCGUGUAAGCUCCGCUCGCCGCCGCUUCUCGGCACGCAGCGCUCCUGCAGUUACGCCAAUAAAGGUUUUACCGUGA